CGGCGGCCCCCGCCUGCAGGCCGGGGUGCGCGGGGGACCGCAGGGGGCCGGGGUUAGGCCCCGGCGCUCAUUUAACGCCGGUUCCGAGGGGUCGGAGGAGCCGAUCGGGUGUCAGAGCCGGUUUUCUGGUGCUCUGGUGUAGGGAGGGGGCACGUCGAUCUACGUGGUUUUACCGAUUCCUGGUAGAAACGCCUCAGCUCCCGGCCCCUCCCUGGACCCCGGCUCUGGCAGCCCUUGCCGUCCCUCGGACGGGCCCUGAAACGCUCGAGCCGUCCCUGCAGCGCUGCCCGGACAUCUGGUACCGGGGGUGCCGGGGCCACCGAGCCUUCCCUUGCUCUGACGCCCUCGUAUACGGCCCGAAAGGUGACCGGGUGCCUCGCCGAGUCCAUCGUGGGCAGGGUGCUUUAUAGGAGUUAUGCCUUAAUAUUUUUCUGAAGAACGCAGCUGCUAAAUAAAUAGCUAGAUGACUUUUAAGUUGUGUAUGCGGGAGGUCUCAAUACAAGAAGUUCUGGUUUGCGUACCUUAGAUUUUUCUGGUAUCAGUAAUGUAUGGUAAAGGGAGGACGGGACCAGGGCACGUCUGUGUGUAUUUAUGCAUGAGAGACACUAGGCAAUUUGAGUUGUGGUUCAGAUUGCCAAUGCAAUUACUUUCUGGUAAGGGUAACUAUUGCAAGAGCUUACAAGCAGUUCUUGGUAGUUUUGCUAGUUACAUAUACAUGAAUGUAGUUACCGGAAUUGUGAAUUUCCAUUGUUUGCUGGUGCCCGCUGUUACCUGUGUCUUUGUUCCUAUGUGACACAUCUCUUGUUUUUUAACUGGCCACUGGCAGAGGGACAGAGACCUUCUAGCAGGGCAGGACCAAGCGUGACAGAUGCGAGGUACAUCUGUGCACCUACAGCAGCAGCAACAGCAUCUUACAACGUUAAGGCCUGGGAAGUGAGCAGAAGUCCAGCCAAGGAAACAGGAGAGAUGUUUUUUCUCUCCAAAGCAUACAGAAACCAUUGGAUAAUAAUUUAGAAAACACAAGUGCAAGGGAGAAGUAUUGCUGAAAUCCUAAUGAACCGACCGCACGCGAGAAAUUCAUUGGGAAAAGUAUUUGUAAAUGAACUGUUCAGCGCUCUGGAACAACUCCGCUCUGAUGAGAAGGUUCGCGUGGUGGUGUUCAAGAGUGAGGUGAAAGGUGUAUUUUGUGCUGGUGCAGACUUAAAGGAACGUGCAAAGAUGGAUGAUGCAGAAGUUGGACACUUUGUUAAAAGGCUGAGAAAUCUCAUGGAUGAAAUAGCUGCCCUGCCUGUACCCACAAUUGCUGCAAUAGAUGGCUACGCAUUGGGUGGUGGACUAGAACUGGCGUUAGCUUGUGACCUUCGAGUAGCAGCUUCAUCAGCUAAAAUGGGCCUUAUUGAGACCACAAGAGGGCUUCUUCCUGGAGCAGGUGGAACGCAGCGCCUGCCCAGAUGUGUUGGAAUAGGUCUCGCAAAGGAACUCAUUUUCACUGGUAGACAGAUUGACGGACAACAAGCCUUCUCAAUGGGAUUAGUAAAUCACACAGUGCCACAAAACAAUGAGGGAGAUGCAGCUUACCAGAGAGCAUUAACUUUGGCUAAAGAAAUCCUUCCUCAGGCUCCAUUUGCUGUGAAAAUGGGAAAACUGGCAAUAAACAGAGGAAUGGAGGUCGAUAUUGCAUCAGGGAUGGCUAUUGAGGGGAUGUGUUAUGCCCAGGUAGGUUACCUUCAGAAUACAUUCCUGAAAGGAACAACUGUAGAUUUUCUAAAGCUAGGUAUUCACAGCAUCCUCUUGUAUUUUCCUCUCUAUAAGGGAACAGUUAACAGCUAAAUCUAAAGCUUUGAGAACAUACUUGAAUGCAGUUCCAGAUACCUAUUUCAGAAUAUUAAUUGUUGUGUCAUGCAUAGCUGCCUCUCUCAGCCUGCAUGAGACCAAAGUCCUUCCCUAAAUACCCUUCUGUCCAAAGUAACUGUAUAUUCUUAGUUUCAACAAUGUUAAUUAUAGGAUGAGCUUUACGAAUGGUUUUAGUUUUAGCAAAUUAAAAAACAGUUUCCUCCUGUAGUCAUUCUUUCCGACAAGUUUUGAGAGCAUGUACCUUUCUCAGCUAACGGAACAAUGUAACUGCUGUGCCUCUCAGUGUAUUUUAAGAUGGUAAAGUAUUAAAUUUAUGGAAAACUGU